AUGGAGUCCGGGGCGCAGCUUUCUGGGUGGAGCCCCUCCGAGGACGAGAGCCCACCUUCUGAGCGCAGACGGCCGUCCUCGGGGACAGUCCCAAAGCACAGCACCCCUGAGGAAGGCUUCCUUCGUGGUCACAGGCACCCCCUGGGCCGUGUCCCCUACCGCCGGGGAUGGGGCCCAGCUGAGGGGUCCCCGCUGCCUGCCCGCUCUUCCCGGGACCUGCCAUCCCCCGUCCAAAAGAGGCGGCUUUCCACCAUCUGGGCCUCAGAGGAGUCCAGUGUGCAGCCGGGGUCCGACACAGAGCCCGGGGCUCCUGGGGAAGAGCCACCUGCGCCGGCCAAGGUCACCCAGCGGCGGCGGCGGCAGCGGCGGCAACAGCAAAAGGUGCAGCAGGGAGAGUCCCCAGGCAGCUGGACAGGGAACAAGGGGUUGCCCGGGAUCCCAAACACGGCUGGACGUAGGUCCCGGGACCUGAAGAAGCUGGCGGCUGUGGCGGAGCGCGUGAGGCAGUGGGAGGCCCGCCAGCUCCAGAGCAUCGAGGAGGCCACACGGCACAACCUCACCGUGCAGGACGAGUGA